GUUGAAGAGGCAGGUCUUAGAGGAAAGGGAACCCUUGGCGGACGGGUCCCUGACGGCUGCAGCGCCGCGGAAGAGGGAAGGGGAGUUGAGGGGCGGUCCCAAGGGAAGGAGGGCGGGAGAAAGCCGGCGCUCCGGGACGAGCCUCCCGUGGGUCCCGCCCCAGUCACGUGGGCUCCAGACCCGGCCGCUGCCGCUCGGUCCGCUGGUUGGUCGGUCAGUUGGUCGGUGGGUCAGUGGCCUGCAGCUCGGUUCUCGCCUCUCAUGUUCGGAGGUGGGAGGGACACGGGAGCGGCCCGCACACCUGAGCCGCCCGGACAGGAGCCCUGCACCCAGAGGGGACCUUUAGCUUGAGGGACAGUGUGAAAAAGGCACAACAGAAGGAGAAUGCUCUCCUAUGACUGGAGUGUCAUGAAGUGAGAAGAAUGCAGUUGGAAGUGGCCAGGCUCAGCGAGGAAGGGCUGCAGAGUGUAGGAGAAGGAGGAGACCGAGGGGCAAAGAGUCAUGGCUUCCGAUGCCAGCCACGCGCUGGAAGCCGCUCUGGAGCAAAUGGACGGGAUCAUCGCAGGCACUCAGACAGGUGCAGAUACCAAUGACUGUGGCUGUGAGCCUGCGCGAGCCUCUCCGGCUUCCCACACAAACCCCUUUCCAGUGCUCCAUCUCGUUGAGGACUUGAAACUGGCCCUGGAGAUGCUGGAGCAACCCCAGGAGAGAGCAGCCCUCCUGAGCCAGAUCCCGGGCCCCACAGCUGCCUACAUAAAGGAAAGCUUGUCCCAGGUAAAUCACCAAGGUGCUGCUAAUAAUGAAACGUACCAGGAACGCUUGGCACGUCUAGAAGGAGAUAAGGAGUCCCUCAUUUUACAGGUGAGUGUCCUCACAGACCAAGUGGAAGCCCAAGGAGAGAAGAUCCGGGACCUGGAAGUGUGUCUGGAAGGACACCAGGUGAAACUCAAUGCUGCUGAAGAGAUGCUUCAGCAGGAGCUGCUAAGCCGCACAUCUCUUGAGACCCAGAAGCUCGAUCUGAUGACUGAAGUUUCUGAGCUGAAGCUCAAGCUGGUUAGCAUGGAGAAGGAGCAGAGAGAGCAGGAGGAGAAGCAGAGAAAAGCAGAGUCAGUUCUGAAUGUGAUCAGUGAGCUGCAGGAGCAGAUGUGUAGUCUGCAGCUGGACAUCCACAGGCAGAUCCAGGAGCGCCUCUCACUCAGGAGGGGUGUCCCUGACGAGGUAGCGCCCGAGGAUGGCACCGCCAAGCCCCCGGCCUGCAGCCAGGACUGCACCUAUUGGGAGGGGUCACGUGAGUUACUGCAAGAGCUCAGGCACCUCAAAAUCAAGGUGGAAGAAUUGGAGAAUGAACGGAAUCAGUAUGAAUGGAAGCUGAAGGCCACUAAGGCUGAGGUGGCCCAGCUGCAAGAGCAGGUGGCCCUGAAGGCUGCCGAAAUCGAGCGUCUGCACAGCCAGCUCUCCCGGACUGCGGCCCUCCACAGUGACCAUGCAGAGAAAGACCAAGAAAUUCAACGUCUGAAAAUGGGGAUGGAAACUUUGCUUGUUGCCAAUGAAGAUAAGGACCGUCGGAUAGAGGAGCUCACGGGGCUGCUAAACCAGUACCGAAGGGCGAAGGAGAUGAUGAUGGCAACACAAGGGCCUUCGGAAAGAACUCUCUUAAUCAAUGAAGAAGAACUCGAGGGAAGUUUCAGGAAGUGGAACAGUGCGAAUAAAGGCCCUGAAGAAUUCUUUAAACCAGAGUUUCUUGUACAGAUGCCUCCAAGAUGUAACUCUCCCGCUGUGGGGCCGCCUCCUCUACCACAGAAAUCACUGGAAACCAGAGCUCAGAAAAAACUCUCAUGUAGCCUAGAAGACCUAAGAAGUGAACCUGUGGACAAGUGUGUCAACGGGAACCAGCUCUCCCCUGGGGUGGAAACCAAGGACAGCCCUUUCCUGGUGGAGCACAAAUACCCCACGUUACCUGGGAAGCUUUCAGGAGCGACACCCAAUGGAGAGGCUGCCAAGUCAACUGCCACUGCCUCACAGCCCAUCCCUGCAGGGAGCAGCCUACUGCGGCUGAAUCGUGGCCGGAGUGUCAGUGCCCCGGUAUUAGGAGACACAGAAAGUGGUUGGGACGACACCGCCAUGGCCAACGAUCUCUCAUCCACAUCCUCGGGCACUGACUCAAGUCCCCAGUCUCCCCUGACCCCAGAUGGUAAACGGAGCCCCAAAGGCAUCAGGAAGUUCUGGGGAAAGAUCCGAAGAACUCAGUCCGGGAACUUCAACACCGACGCCCCAGGGAUGGCAGAGUUUCGACGAGGUGGGCUCCGGGCAACUGCAGGGCCAAGGCUAUCUAGGACCAGAGACCCCAAGGGUCAGAAAUGUGACGCUGGCGCCCCCUUUGCCCAAUGGAGCACGGAGCGCGUGUGCACGUGGCUGGAGGACUUCGGCCUGGGCCAGUACGUGAUCUUCGCCCGGCAGUGGGUGACUUCUGGCCACACUUUACUGUCAGCUACCCCUCAGGACAUGGAAAAGGAGUUGGGGAUUAAGCAGCCUCUGCACAGGAAGAAGCUGAUUUUGGCCGUGAAAGCCAUCAACACCAAGCAGGAGGAGAAGUCGGCCCUGCUGGACCACAUCUGGGUGACACGUUGGCUUGACGAUAUUGGCUUACCACAAUACAAAGACCAGUUCCAUGAGUCCAGAGUCGAUGGGCGAAUGCUACAGUACCUAACUGUGAAUGAUCUCCUCUUCUUAAAAGUCACCAGCCAACUGCAUCAUCUCAGCAUCAAAUGUGCCAUUCAUGUGCUUCACGUCAACAAGUUCAACCCCCACUGCCUGCACCGGCGGCCAGCUGAUGAGAGUAACCUUUCUCCUUCAGAAGUUGUGCAGUGGUCCAACCACAGGGUGAUGGAAUGGUUGCGAUCCGUGGACCUGGCAGAGUACGCACCCAACCUUCGUGGGAGUGGUGUCCAUGGAGGCCUCAUCAUCCUGGAGCCACGCUUCACUGGGGACACCCUAGCUAUGCUUCUCAAUAUUCCACCACAAAAGACGCUCCUCAGACGCCACCUGACCACCAAAUUCAAUGCCCUGAUUGGUCCCGAGGCUGAGCAGGAAAAGCGAGAGAAAAUGGCCUCACCAGCGUACACACCACUGACCACCACAGCCAAAGUCCGGCCAAGGAAACUAGGAUUUUCGCAUUUUGGCAACAUAAGAAAAAAGAAAUUCGAUGAGUCGACGGACUACAUUUGCCCCAUGGAGCCCACUGAUGGUGCUGGUGACAGUCAGAGGGCCUACAGUGGCUACCGGGGCCUCAGCCCCCUCGAUGGCCCUGAAAUGGAUGGGCUGGACCAGAUGGCCCCCUCGGAAGGUGCUGUGACGCAGAUAGGGCUCCUCUCCCAAGACAUUCACCGCCUCACGACUCUGCUGAGCCAGGACCAGCUGCUGAACGACUCUCACCUGGCCGCUCCCAGCUCUGAGGACUGGAGAUGAUGUUCUUCGUGGCCAAGAGCCCAGAGAGGCACGCGUGGGGGUCUCAAGUCUUUGCGUCAAGGGAGAGCUGGCAUGGCCACCUGCAAAGCCUAGCCAGGCUAGCAGGACACCUGGGACGUGUGUACCGACAGGAGCGAGCAGAGUGGUGAACGGAUGUCCAGGAGGUGGUCCAGGGGGCCCCUGUGUUUUCAGCCAUGCUGUGCUCUUCACUGUAGCUUUUAUAUACCUUUUGUACUUUUAUACGUGGACUGCACCCCACUUCUGUGGGGAGGGCGGUGAGAUGUCAGCACAGACUCAAUGGCUCAUGCUCUUCCUGGUGACUUUUGGGAGGUUCUUAACACCAAAGGGGAAAGGCAAGGAGUUCAUAAAAGCUCUGCUGGAAGAAAAUUCUGGAAAAAAUAUUCUGACUGUC